CCGGGGCCAAGUCAGGGACCUAGGAUCCGGCCUCCUGGCAGCUUCAAGGAACCGGCCGAGCCCGGGAACCGGGGCGGGCGGAGGCGGAGCCGGGAGCCGAGGGACAGCGGAGGCGGGCAGAGGGCGGGGUCCCCGGGCUAGGCAAGGGCCAGGAGCGGCCAUGGCGCGGCUGGUGGCUCUCACUGCGCUGGGCUUGGCUCUAGCGCUGCUGGGCGAGAGGUUUGUGGCGCUCAGGAAUCGCCUUAAUGCCUCCAGAGAAGUCGAACCUGUUGAUCUUCCCAAUUGCCACUUGAUCAGAGGUGUAGAAGCGGGUUCUGAAGACAUCGAAAUCCUUCCCAAUGGUCUGGCCUUCCUUAGCGUGGGCUUCAAGUUUCCUGGGAUGCAGUGCUUUGCCCCCGAGAAGCCUGGAGGAAUCUUAAUGAUGGAUCUGAACAGGGACAGCUCGCGGGCCCUGGAGCUGCGAGUGAGCCGCGGAUUUGACUUGUCUUCCUUUAACCCCCACGGCAUCAGUACGUUCAUUGACCAAGAUGACACCGUGUAUCUCUUUGUUGCAAAUCACCCUGAGUUCAAGAGCACAGUGGAAAUUUUUAAGUUUGAAGAAGAAGAAAAUUCCCUUUUCCACCUGAAAACCCUCCGCCAUGAGCUCCUUCCAAGCGUGAGUGACAUCGUAGCCGUGGGCCCCGAGCAUUUCUAUGCCACCAACAGCCACUAUUUCUCCGAUAUAUUCUUAAAGUAUCUGGAGGUGUACUUGAACCUGCACUGGACAAAUGUCAUUUACUACAGCCCUGAGGACGUCCGCGUGGUGGCCGAGGGCUUCGACUCCGUCAACGGCAUUAACAUGUCCCCAGAUAAUAAGUACGUCUAUGUUGCAGAUAGUCUUGCCCAUGAAAUCCACGUCAUGGAAAAACUCGCCAACUGGAGCUUGGCUCAGGUGAAGGUGCUCCCCCUGGAUACAGUAGUGGAUAACCUGUCCAUCGACCCUUCCACGGGAGACCUCUGGGUGGGCUGUCACCCCGACAGCCUGAAGCUGUUGAUCUAUGACCCCAGUAACCCUCCUGCUUCCCAGGUGCUUCGGAUCCAGAACAUUCUUUCUGAGACGCCCACAGUGAGCACAGUCUAUGCCAACAAUGGUUCCGUAUUGCAGGGCAGUUCUGUGGCCUCCGUGUAUGGCAGGAAGUUGCUUAUUGGCACACUGUACCAUAGAGCCCUCCAGUGCCAGCUCUGAGGGGCAUCCACAGCCCCAGCUCUUUCGAACACCCAAUUCACUGUGAAUUGUUCAUCCUGAGGAAGUCCAGGUGACCAAGAUGAGGCAAGCAGAAGGAAGUGGCCAUCUUCCUGGGCAAGGAAGUGAGAGAGGGGGCAGUUGCACUGCCUUCACCUACCCACCAGCAGCCUUCACAUGGCUUCCAGGACAGAGCCAGAUGGUCCAAGAGCAUCAGCCCCCUCACAGUGACCGCUAACACUGUUCAGCAGAGAGGUGUCCAGCCUCUUCCGAGCACUACCUACUGUCUUGUUGUUUACACCUUCAACAAUUAAAGGUUUCCUUAAACCUA